UUCCUCCAUUAGAUUAACCCUUGAAUUCGAAAGGCAGCAAAAUGUUACAUUGCUGCUAAACCACAAUGUAUUCAAAGAGGCAGAAUCAACAGAGAUGGCUGGGAUGGGCGACUUAUCGUGCGAGAUGCUACUCUCCAUCUUUUCCUUCCUGCCCGUCCCAGACUUGGUACGGUGCGCUGCUGUGUCCGAGCAGUGGCACGGAGUUGUGACGGGCUUCACACACCUGUGGAAGGGCAAGACGUACACCACCAACAGAAGACCGAGCGAGUCUGCAGAGACCCGUGCCGUCCUGCGCGUCCUGCCGCCGCUGCAGCACCUCAUCAUCGAGCUGGCUGACGAGUUUGCAAUCGAGUUUGCCUACCCACACAUGACGCUGUCAGUGACUGACACGGGAGGCAUAGAGGAAUUCCCGAAACUGACGUGUGACUUUUUGCUGGCGAGAGGAGACAUCGUGAGUAACAUCCUGUCCUCUCGGUCGGCUGUAGACUUAGCGGCACUACGAAAGCUGCAGAUCCUGAGGGUGCCGCCAGGCAACGUAGCGGACCCUCCUGUCUACAGAGUGGAAGACGUGGUCAGGUCUGCUCUGCAGCAGUGCCCGAAUCUCAGAGGGCUGUUCAUCUGCGAAGACCGCCUGUCGGCGGACUGCCUCGACACAGUGGAGGGAUUCGCCCGGUUGCAGACUCUUGAAAUUGUCUGCCCUGGACUGGAUAAACUGGCGUUCUUGCGGCACUGUUCAGAUUCGCUGGAGUUGCUGCGUCUCUGUUGCACCGGUUUGCCGCCACAGGAGUACACGGAGCUGCGGCGGCUGGGGAACCUGCGGAGGCUGGGGCUGCACGAGUGCCAGGUGACGGAUGGCGAGCUGCGGCUGGUCCUGGAGGCCCUCGGGUCGCUGGAGGCGCUCCAGCUGGACCGCUGCGGCCUGGUCCGCGACCUGUCGCUGCUGUGGCGCUCCAACAGCCUGCGCCAGCUGCGCCUGACGCUGCCGCCCGUGGCGGGCGCCCCUCUGGAGCUGAGGGACCCACGCCUGCAGGGGCUGCAGCGGAACCCGCGCAUGCGCGUGUCGGUGGACGCCGACCCGGUGACGCUGCGCCUGCGCAACGUCAACGUGAACGCGGACGGGAUGCCGAGCGCGCUGCCGCUGCUGCACGCCCUGGGCGUCGACGCCGGCAGCCUGGACCAGGUGGCCACCCUGCGGCGCUGCCCGCAGCUGCGCCACCUCUGCCUCAACUUCCUGGUCGGUGCCGACGAGCCCCAGCAGUCGGCCGUGUGGGUCCAUAUAAAGUUGACGAGUUCUCCGUAAAGAUGACGGACAAAAUAAAAGGGAAAAGAAUUGAAGCCUGACACUCUCCGCUUGGGAUAAGAGCUGACUUGGCAGCUGCUAGCAGCUCUGAGACUGCUACGAGAAAAAAUAAAGGUAGGUAAACGUCUCGAGCCCAGAUGCAAAAUGAAAAGACCCCACAGCAGAGCACUGUGGCAUAUCACUAGACGAUCCAAAACAGAAACACAUUCACCUUCAGGUCUAAUACCUUUUUGAGGUACAAUAAUAAUUACAAAUUUAUCAGCAAUUCAAUGGAACCGGUUAUUAUUUGCGGAUCGGCUGCAAAAACAUUUACUCUGAGGGUUUUUGACUACCCCUCAUUGACAUUACACUGAAAAAGAAACGAAGUAGUCAGUUCCACAAGGACGUGUACACCAUAAUUUGAAAUGUAACAUCUGCAGCGACAUCUCUGGGAGUCGUCUCGAAUCUGUAAUCCGUGCUGUUUUCCACA